GCAGCAGCCAGCAGCGAGGAGUCAACGAGGAGUUUACACGGGAAUAACAUCGCUGCUUCGGCCAGACGUCGUUUGUGAAACCCCUCGCGGACAGGGUGUCCUCUGUUCACCGCUAGCGCGUGACAGUCGGUCCUCGAGGUCAGGUCUGCCACCGCGACAUGUACCACGCGUGUAAGAAUACUUGUCACUCGCUGUUUAAGUUACCAGGAGUUUUUUACUAACUGUGCUAGCUAAGUUGGCUAGCAGCGCGGCUAACACGCUAGCGCGUGCGCUGACGUUAGCUAACGCAGGCACGAGCGUCAUGAUGUUUUUUUUUUUUAAUGUUUUUUUUUAAAACAACAUCCAGCUAACAAGGAUGAGGUACACGCAGACCCUUGAACAAAAGGAAUGAUUUGCAGCUAACGCUAUCUGCGGACUGUUGGCAGUAUGCAGGCCUGUUGGACCUGAUCAGGUUGAGGACGACGUCAGCGGCUGUAUCAGUCAGAGCUUGAACCUACAGUCGGAAAAAGAUGGGGAACACGGCGACCAAGUUCCGUAAGGCUCUCGUCAACGGCGACGACGUGCUGGCCUGCCACCUGUAUGACAGCAACCCGCAGUUCAAGGAGGCUCUGGAUCCCAACUCUACAUACGGAGAGUCCUACCAGCACAACACUCCACUGCACUAUGCUUCCCGGCACGCCAUGGCCCGCCUUCUCAGGUCUUUCCUUUUCGGCAAAGAUGGGAAUCCUAAUAAACGUAAUGUGCACAAUGAGACAUCUCUGCACCUUCUCUGCAUGGGGCCGCAGAUCCUCACCUCUGAGGGGGCCCUGCAACCUCGGAUCUCACGGCCAUAUGAAGACAAACAGCGGCGGGCCGAAUCCCUGCAAAUCAUCCUGGCGUGGACCGGAGCGAAGCUGGACCAUGGAGAAUACGAGAGCGCUGAUAUCAACGCCACUGACAACAAGAAAAACACCUGCCUGCACUAUGCGGCUGCUUCAGGCAUGAAGACGUGUGUGGAGUUUCUGGUGCAGAGCGGAGCAGACCUGUUCGCUGAGAACGAAGAUCGCGAAACUCCAUGCGACUGUGCAGAGAAGCAGCACCACAAGGAACUGGCCCUGUGCCUGGAGUCGCAGAUGGUCUUCUCUCUUGCCCCCGAGGCAGAGGGUAUAGAGGCAGAGUACGCAGCCCUUGACCGAAGAGAGCUGUAUGAAGGCCUGCGUCCUCAGGAUCUACGGAGGCUGAAGGACAUGCUGAUAGUGGAGACAGCCGACAUGCUGCAGGCCCCUCUCUUCACUGCAGAGGCACUGCUACGUGCCCAUGAUUGGGACAGGGAGAAGCUCCUAGAGGCCUGGAUGAGCAACGCAGGGCAAUGCUGCCAGCGCUCGGGGGUGCAGAUGCCCAACCCGCCUCCUAGCGGUUACAACGCCUGGGACACCUUGCCCUCACCCCGGACGCCACGCGUCACCCGGCCCUCCAUCACUUCCCCUGACCAAGUCAGCCUGAUGCCUGCCGAGGAGGAGUCCUCUCUGUGUGGCAUCUGCAUGUCUUCCAUUUCCGUCUUCGAGGAACCGGUUGAAAUGUCCUGUGGCCAUGAGUUUUGCAGACCAUGCUGGGAAGGGUUUCUAAAUCUAAAGAUUCAAGAGGGGGAAGCCCACAACAUCUUCUGCCCGGCCUUUGACUGCUACCAGCUAGUGCCUGUGGAAGUUAUUGAGAGUGUGGUGUCUAGAGAGAUGGAUAAGCGCUACCUCCAGUUUGACAUCAAGGCAUUUGUGCAGAACAAUCCAGCAAUCCGCUGGUGUCCCGAGGCCGGAUGUGAAAUGGCGGUGAGACUGAGCACGCAGGGUUCUGGGACCUCCACCUCAGACUCUCUUAGCUUUCCCCUCCUCCGGGCUCCAGCCGUAGACUGCGGCAAAGGUCACCUCUUCUGCUGGGAGUGUCAAGGCGAGGCCCAUGAGCCCUGUGACUGUGAGACCUGGAAGUUGUGGCUCCAGAAAGUCACAGAGAUGAGACCGGAGGCAUUGGCCGGUGUGAGUGAAGCGUAUGAGGACGCAGCCAACUGCUUGUGGCUGCUGUCAAACUCCAAAUCCUGCGCCAAUUGCAAGUCUCCAAUUCAGAAAAAUGAGGGCUGCAACCACAUGCAGUGUGCUAAGUGCAAGUAUGACUUCUGUUGGAUCUGUCUGGAGGAGUGGAAAAAGCACAGCUCAUCAACAGGAGGCUACUAUCGUUGCACUCGCUACGAAGUCAUCCAGCAGGUGGAGGAGCAGUCAAAGGAGAUGACUGAAGAGGUCGAAAAGAAGCACAAGAGCUUUCAGGAACUUGACCGUUUUAUGCACUACUACACACGCUUCAAGAACCACGAGCACAGCUACCAGCUGGAGCAGCGCCUGUUAAAAACAGCCAAAGAGAAGAUGGAGCAGCUCAGUCGAGCCCUGAGUGGAUUGGAAGAAGACCCACCUGACACUACGUUCAUUGAAGAUGCAGUCCUAGAACUACUAAAGACACGCCGCAUCCUCAAGUGCUCUUAUCCUUAUGGCUUCUUUCUUGAGCCCAAAUGCACAAAGAAAGAGAUCUACGAGCUUAUGCAGACGGACCUGGAGAUGGUGACUGAGGACCUGGCUCAAAAGGUUAACCGGCCUUAUCUAAGGACGCCGCGCCACAAAAUCAUCCGUGCAGCAUGUCUCGUUCAGCAGAAGAGGCAGGAGUUUCUAGCCUCAGUAGCCAGGGGAGUGGCACCCAAUGACUCUCCUGAGGCCCACAGACGCAGUUUUGCUGGCGGAACGUGGGACUGGGAAUAUUUAGGCUUUGCAUCACCUGAGGAGUACGCAGAGUUCCAGUACAGACGGAGGCACAGGCAGCGGAGGCGAGGUGACAUGUCCAGUCUCCGUAGCAACACACCGGACCCCGAUGAUACCAGCAACAGCAUUUUAGACACACAGGACGUUGGAGGUGGGCGUAGACAUCAUCUGAUGAGUCUAGGUUCUCUUGAUGAUGAUGACCCAAACAUUCUCCUGGCCAUUCAGCUGUCCCUCCAGGACUCUGCGAUGGCAGAGAUCGGGUCCAACCAUGACGCGCUUGCCAACGAAGCCUCGCUCGGCGCUAUCGGCACAUCGCUGCCUUCUAGGCUCGAGCGGAGUGCUCCGGGUGCAGAAGUCCUUUCCAGAGCUUCUCUAAGCAGCUCAGAACUGCUGGAUUUGGGAGCUAACUUGGCUCGACUUGGCAACAUCGGCACCAGCAGCCAGUGCUCCGCAGCAUCUGGUGCGUCCGCCUCUGUGCAGCACUGCGACAGUCACCGCAGGGCCUUCGGGGCUUCGCUGCCGAUACCGGUGGGUCCAGGAGGCGGCGACUCAUCGACGGGCCUCUUCUCGUCCUCCAGCGACACGUUAGACUCGACCACAUGCGGCAGCCACGACCCGUCCACGUCCUCCGCAGCAAACGCUAAUUUGCUGGGCAACAUCAUGGCAUGGUUCCACGACAUGAAUCCCCAAGGCAUCACCCUGGUCCCCUCGACCUCCUCCGACACCGACGGUGAGGGGGGCGAGAAAGGCGGGGGGGUCCUGCCCGACAGCACCUCGGGACAGAGACCUCGGGAAGUGACGGCAGAAGUGGGUUUCUUCUCUCAGCGACCGGGCGACACGGAGGGGAAGGAGUGUGCCGUUGCUCAGAGGCCGACGCAGUUGGAUCUGGUGGGGCUGGAUGCCGUGGCGCUGCCCUACGCGCCCACCCUCGACACAGGCGGGGACCACGGCCAGCGGGGGGGGGGCUCAAAGGUCUGCCGCGUCGACACUCCGCAGUGUGACUCGGUCUCCGACCAUCUGCCCAGCAGCAGCUCCUCUGAGUGGGAGGACCAAGUGCACUUGGUAUGAAUGACAGGGUGAGGUGGGACGUUGCUUUUUUUCUGGGAGGCCAAAAAACACUUUGGAUUGCAAAAAAAGAGUAGUUGAGUAAUAAUCUAUUCAGUUGGAAUGAAGAAGUGAAGAAUGUCAGUUUGUCCCUGGUUGGGAAGAAGCAUCAAGACUCCAAUCCAGCAUUGAAGUCAGAUCGGUUUCCUGCGUUAACUGUACGGUCAGUCCCCAACAAUCAGCACUCAAUGAAAGAGACGUCACAUUUAAUACCAUUUUUAAAUAAUAUAUUACCUGAAAAUGGGUCUGUUGGUCUGAAAUCAGAGGUUAGAAGAUACUGCGUCGUGCAGGUAUUAUUAUUUUCCACUGGAGUAAAAGCUGUAUUUGUCUGAGGGAGGUUUUUAAACUGUACAUAUUAGCAGACUAAUAUCUUAGUACAUUUUGGUCUGUGG